UCGGAAUGUUCUAACUUCAAGUAUACUUGUAACCUGCAGAAUACUUGAGAUUUUAAAAAUUGCUUGAUCAAGGAUUGGGAGUAACUUUGAAAAUACAAAUUAACCAAAAUUACAAAUAAAAUUAGAGAUAAUUUCUUGUUGGCGAUUAGAGCUUGAAGCAACAAGAGAUAAUAAUUUAUCAAAUAUUUAUACAGAGAUGAAUCGUAAUGAACAGGAAAACCACGGAGUGACAAGAAUUCGGCUCCUGUUGAGCUACUGCGGUAUGCAGCCUCCACAUAGGGGCACAAAACUGGCUCUGAUCUUCACUCUACUUGCCGUCUACUUUGGCAUCGAAGCUUGCAUUUCUCUCGUCAAAAACUGGCAUCAGCUCCACUCCCGCCUUCUAGCAUUCGAGGACAUUGUAAUUGCCAUAGUAAUGACAAUGUGUUGCAUAGAGUUCGCCUAUAUACCCAACCACAUCCAGUGCCUUCUGAAUAUCCUCAAUGAUAACUAUUUUGAUGGCUACAAUGAGAAGGAAUCUGAAGACAAGAGGUCAAUUAUCACGAAGGCUGUGGAGGCAGAACUCAUAACCGCCAAAUGGAUUGAGAUCCUCUCGUAUGUAACUGCAGUGAAUGUAACAGCUCUGCCGAUUUUUGUGCUUCUCAAGAAAUUGUUGAUGGGGGAGAGUUUUUUUGAAAAUUAUGCAAAUCUGCCACUACCUCUGGAGUAUUCCUUUACAUUUUUUGAUUGUACCUUGAUGACGUAUUUGGUCAUUUAUGCCGUCGAAGCUAUCUGGUAUAUGAUGUCAGAUUUUGAACGCGGGCUAUUCGUACUUCAAUCUUCUAAACUCAGUGCACUAAAUUAGUUACUUGAUUGACAAUAUUAUAGUCAAUAGUGGAGUAGAGAAUUGGAAACACAUGUGAACGUGUUCCCCAGCUGGUUUUGAUGAAAAUAAAAGUUGCACAUUUUAUGAAAUGAAUAAACUGAUAAAAUGUAGC